CUAUAAGGCCUGAGAGAGAGAGCAGAGCCGGCCGCCAGCCGAGAUAGCCUAUUGCUCCAAGGGACCCCCACACAGUCCAGCUUCUCAGGCGACCACCAUGUCUGCUCAGGAUGAAGGCAGCCGGGAUCCCCCCAAACCCAAGGGCAAGACCCUGAGCAGUUUCUUGGGGUCCCUCCCCGGCUUCAGUUCUGCCCGGAAUCUAGUGGCCAAUACCCACAGCUCAGCAAGAGAAGACCAGCUGGCCACCAACUCUACGGGUGCUCCUGCUACAGAGGCUGUCCAGCCCCAGGCUGAUGUGGCCACCAACCCGGAGCAGACAGCCAGGGGGAUGGAGAAACUGCUGCAGCCUUCAGAAAAGCAGACGGUGUCAGGGGCCAAAGACUUGGUAUGCUCUACGAUGACCAAGAGCAAGGACACCAUCUCUUCCGGGGUGGCCAACAUGGUGGACACAGCUAAGGGAAUGGUCCAGGGAGGGCUGGACACUACCCGAUCUGCACUCACAGGCACCAAGGAGGCAGUGUCCAGUGGGAUCACAGGGGCAGUGGGCAUGGCAAAAGGGGUCGUCCAAGGGGGUCUGGACACCUCAAAGGCUGUCAUCACUGGAACCAAGGACACAAUGACCACUGGGGUCAUGGGUGCAGUGAACUUAGCCAAAGGAUCUGUCCAGACUGGUGUGGACACCACCAAGAAUGUGCUGAUGGGCACGAAGAACACUGUCUGCAAUGAGGCGACCAGUGCCAUGAACAUUGCCAAGGGAGCCAUCCAGGGAGGCCUGGACACCACCAAGUCUGUGGUUAUGGGUACGAAAGACACUGUGUCCUCUGGGGCUAUGGGGGCAGUGAAUGUGGCCAAAGGAACUGUCCAGACUGGCCUGAAUACCACCAAGACUGUGCUGACCGGCACCAAGGACACUGUCUGUAGUGGAGUGACCGGUGCUGUGAAUGUGGCCAAAGGGGCUGUCCAGGGGGGUCUAGACACCACCAAGACUGUGCUGACUGGCACCAAAGAUACAGUGACCACUGGGCUCACUGGGGCAGUGAAUGUGGCCAAAGGAACCGUCCAGACUGGCCUGGAUACCACCAAGACUGUCCUGACUGGUACCAAGAACACUCUCUCCAGUGGGGUGACCAGUGCUGCGAACAUGGCCAAAGGGGCCAUCCAGACUGGCAUGGACACCAGCAAGUCUGUGGUCAUGGGUACGAAAGACACAGUGUCCACUGGGAUUACAGGGGCAGUGAACUUAGCCAAAGGGACUGUCCAGACUGGCCUGGACACCAGUAAGACUGUGUUGAGUGGCACCAAAGACACAGUGUCCACUGGGGUCAUGGGGGCAGUGAACUUGACCAAAGGAACUGUCCAGACUGGCCUGGACACCACCAAGACUGUGCUGACUGGUACAAAGAACACCGUCUGCAGUGGGGCGACCAGUGCCAUGAACAUUGCCAAGGGAGCUGUCCAAGGAGGCCUGGACACCACCAAGUCUGUGCUGACUGGCACCAAAGAUACAGUGACCACUGGGCUCACUGGGGCAGUGAAUGUGGCCAAAGGGGCUGUCCAGGGAGGUCUAGACACCACCAAGACUGUGCUGACUAGCACCAAAGAUACAGUGACCACUGGGCUCACUGGGGCAGUGAAUGUGGCCAAAGGAACCGUCCAGACUGGCCUGGAUACCACCAAGACUGUCCUGAAUGGUACCAAGAACACUCUCUCCAGUGGGGUGACCGGUGCUGUGAACGUGGCCAAAGGGGCCAUCCAGGGGAGCCUGGAUACCACCAAGUCUGUGGUCAUGGGUACGAAAGACACAGUGUCCACUGGGGUCAUGGGAGCAGUGAACUUGGCCAAAGGAAUUGUCCAGACUGGUGUGGACACCACCAAGAAUGUGUUGUCUGGCACCAAGGACACUGUCUGUAGUGGAGUGACUGGUGCUGUGAAUGUGGCCAAAGGGGCUGCCCAAGGGGGUCUGGAUACCACCAAGUCUGUGGUUAUGGGUACGAAAGACACUGUGUCCUCUGGGGCUAUGGGGGCAGUGAAUGUGGCCAAAGGAACUGUCCAGACUGGCCUGAACACCACCAAGACAGUGCUGACCGGCACCAAGGACACUGUCUACAGUGGAGUGACCGGUGCUGUGAAUGUGGCCAAAGGGGCUGUCCAGGGGGGUCUAGACACCACCAAGACUGUGCUGAUUGGCACCAAAGAUACAGUGACCACUGGGCUCACUGGGGCAGUGAAUGUGGCCAAAGGAACCGUCCAGACUGGCCUGGAUACCACCAAGACUGUCCUGACUGGUACAAAGAACACUCUCUCCAGUGGGGUGACCGGUGCUGCGAACAUGGCCAAAGGGGCCAUCCAGACUGGCAUGGACACCAGCAAGUCUGUGGUCAUGGGUACGAAAGACACAGUGUCCACUGGGAUUACAGGGGCAGUGAACUUAGCCAAAGGGACUGUCCAGACUGGCCUGGACACCACCAAGACUGUGCUGACUGGCACCAAAGACACAGUGUCCACUGGGGUCAUGGGGGCAGUGAACUUGGCCAAAGGAACUGUCCAGACUGGCCUGGACACCACCAAGACUGUGCUGACUGGCACCAAAGAUACAGUGACCACUGGGCUCACUGGGGCAGUGAAUGUGGCCAAAGGAACUGUCCAGACUGGCCUGGAUACCACCAAGACUGUCCUAACUGGUACCAAGAACACUCUCACCAGUGGAGUUACUGGUGCUGUGAAUGUGGCCAAAGGAGCUGUCCAGACUGGCAUGGACACCAGCAAGUCUGUGGUCAUGAGUACGAAAGACACAGUGUCCACUGGGGUCACAGGGGCAGUGAAUUUGGCCAAAGGAACUGUCCAGACUGGUUUGAACACCACUAGGACUGUGUUGACUGGCACCAAGGAUGCUGUCGGCACUGGCGUGACCAGUGCCAUGAAUGCAGCCAUAGGGACUAUCCAGACUGGCCUGGAUACCAGUAAGACUGUGUUGAGUGGCACCAAAGACACAGUGUCUACUGGGGUCAUGGGGGCAGUGAACGUGGCCAAAGGAACCACAAGGACUGGCAUGGACACCACCAAAACUGUGCUAACUGGCACCAAGAACACCAUCUGUAGUGGAAUGUCCAGUGCUGUGAAUGUGGCCAAAGAGGCUGUUCAAGGGGGCCUGGACACCACUAAGACUAUGGUCAUGGGUACAAAAGACACAGUGACCACUGGGAUCACUGGGGCAGUGAACUUAGCCAAAGGGACUGUCCAGACUGCUAUGGACACUACCAAGACUGCACUGACUGGUACCAAAGACACCAUCUACAGUGGGGUGACCGGCACUGUGAAUGUGGCCAAAGGGGCUGUCCAGACUGGCAUGGACACCACCAAGACCAUGCUGACCAGCACCAAAGACACAAUGUCCACUGGGCUCAGUGGGGCAGGCAGUGUGGCCAUAGGGGCUGUCCACACUGGUCUUGGCACUCUCCAAAACUUGUUACCUCGUACCCAAGACACCAUCUGGGGUGAACUCACCAGUUGCAGGACCACAGACAAAGGCAAGGAACAGAAUACCCUGAGCCCCCCAAAAGCCCUGACCACUGGGAUUUCCAGUCCCCUAGACACUUUUUGUGCAGGCCUGGAGUUUGCCCAGGAGGCCACAGCCACCACCAGGCACCUUGUGUGUGAUGAGGCCACAUUCCCCCAAGAGGCAGCCCUGGUCAGCGAGGAUGUGGGGCACCUGGGAGCCAUGUGUGGCCGUGAAGGAAUCCUGGGCUUUGCGUCUUUGCGGGAUGAAUUGAAGGGGAUGGGGGAAAUCUUCCACCCCAUGAGUGCUGCGGAGCAAGCUCAGCUGGCUGCCUCUGAGCCAGGGCCAAAGGUGAUCUUUGCGGACCAGGGAAGCUACUUUGUCCGUUUAGGAGACCUGACCCCUGGAUUCCGCCAGCGAGGUUUUGAACAUGCCAUGAGCCACCUGCAGCACGGCCAGUUCCAAGCCAGGGAUGUUUUGGCCCAACUGGAGGGUUGCUUCACACUGAUUGAAAAGGCCAAGCAGACUCUGGAUGAGGAGCUGUGUCUGGACCAGGGCUCGAGCACCAGUGUUGAGGACACCAAUACCCAUGAGGUGCGCCCGGCUGAACUGAGGUCCUCCUGUCCCCUUGAUGAUCCCUCCUCCUGCCUCUCACCUGGUACCUUCCUCCCACAAGAGCAGGAUGCAGGGGUUCUGGCCAAAGUCUGUGGCCUUGCCCAACAGCUGCACACAGCCUACAGUGGCCUGGCCUGUGGCCUCCAGGGCCUGCCUGCCGAGUUCCAGGGGCGGAUUGGGCAGGCACGGCACAGCCUCUGCAACCUGUAUGGGAUCGUGUCCUCCACUGGCUCCAUGGAGGAGCUGCCAGCUGCGCAGCUGGCCCAGAGCUUUGAGGGUGUGCGUCAGGCAUGGCAGGGGCUGGAGGAGCUGUUGGAGAGUCUGCAGCACAGCCCUCCACUCGGCUGGCUGGUAGGGCCCUUUGCCUCACCCCCUGCUGGACAGCAACAGGGAUAGGGAUAGACCCUAGGGA